AUGGCCCCCUGUCCCCAGCCUGACUCCUGCUCAGCUGGCAGCCCCCUUGGUCUGAUAUGUUUGUCCCUUUUGCUCAUCCCUGCUGCAGCUGGAACCUACUGUGAAUGCAGCCUUGGCCUCAGCCGUGAGGCCUUUAUUGCCCUCAUUGUGGUACUGGCUGGUGUCAGUGCCAGCUGCUUCUGUGCACUCGUUGUUGUGGCGAUUGGUGUCUUUCGGGCCAAGGGUGAUUCGUGCCCCGGACACACGGAAAACAGGUUGAUAGGGCCCUUUGGGGUCCGGACAGAUCGCAUGGACCUGCGCUCGGUGCACAUGGAGUCCUGCCUCAUGGACCGUGACCUGGAGGUAUCCAUGAUGCCAACCUUGGACAACCAGGGCCUCAUGACCAUUCCCAUGGAGGUUCCUCUAGAGGAGCCUCCUCCACCACCUUCACCUCCACCUCCUCCACAGUAG